AAUUGAUUAUGUUUACUGGGACUGAUCCUGGUUCUUGACUUUGAAGCUUGCUAGUUGCAAUUUCGACUGUGACAAAGAUGUUUCUCUCGCGAAUUUACACAAUUUUCGUACUAGCUUUCAUAGGAAGUCAAAGAUCAAAUGCCAGUCCAUCUGACCGUUUCCAAUUGGGGGCUGAAUUGAUAAAACCGCCAUCCCAGCUACUAGAUGGAGAGGAGACGGAAGGCCCUGUUCCUCAGUUAACAUCCGAUGGGAAAGUUGAGAGCUGCCCUGUUGAAUCGAUAAAUUUUCAAGAGCAGUUAUCAAAAAUGGUAAGUGACGCUGACGAAUUGAUGGAAAAGCAGGAAAACCUGACAGCUGAGGAGACCAUUGUGGUUCUGGGAAAUGUUGGAGCUGGAAAAACAAGCCUGGUGCAGUUAUUGACGGGAAAUGCCGAUUUGCAGUCAAGGAAACUUGGAGCUGGAAAUGAUUCAACUUAUGUGUUUGAGGAUGGAAAAAGGAUCGGGACAUCGGAUUCUGGAUCUUUUACGCUCUUCCCAGAGAUUGCCAGCUUCAACACGACCAUCAACUUCGUUGACACACCGGGUUUCCAGGAUACAACACAGCCUGCCCAUGAAGUAGCUCCCGCAGUUAUCAUGAAAACAAUUAAAAAAAAAAACUGAAAAAGGCUAAGAUUCUGCUCCUCGUUGACGAUGACACCCUACAACAUGGGGAUUCUGAGGAUUAUUUCAUCAAUACCCUUCGACAUUUGCACAAAUACCUCUCGUUCGAUUUCAAUAGAUAUAAGGACCACAUUGCACUGAUCGUGACCAAAGUACCCGUCUCCCACAAAUCGAAUGAUUCCGAGGAAUCUCCUGGAGCAGACAUGUAUGAAAUCUUGGAAUCGCAAGCUAAUAUUAUUGAGAAUGUUAUGGAAUAUUUCAAUCAAUUACAGGCGCUCUUGGAAGUGAAACUGAAACUUGGAAUAAUCAUGAACUACGAAAAAGGGUUUUAUGAGGAUGUGAUACUACUGUUGAAAAGUUUACAAACAAGGAGUGGAGAAGGUGAAUCACUGAGAAUCAAUGUGUUUCAUAGUCCAAACAAACCGGGACAAGUGAAAGAUAUUGGACUCAUGCAGUGGAACAGAGAGUCUUUACUCAAAACAGUUGAGAAAUUGGACAGCUUUGAUGUAGAUGAGAUUGAUUUUCGUACCGAUUUGUCGGAUGAAGCGACCGUUCUCCUGAGAUGCCAAAUAUUAUUGUUGAACAAUCAUUAUGAGAGCAGAGUCAAUGAUGUGGUCUCUUUCGUUGAUGGUUAUGCAAGUAAUAUAAAUUAUACCACCUAUUCUCUCACUAAAAAAAUUUCCGAUAUACAAUCAAUGUGUAAUCAAUCGGAACAGUUCAUACAAGAUAUCGAACAAGUUGGGAGCUACUAUGAAUUCUCCAAAGCUUUCAAUGCCACUGAACUUGCCGUAUGGUCGAAAAGGAGAUUGGAAACCAGAGAAAGAAUCAUAUUCAAUUUCUUAGAGAAGUAUGGGGAAAUAAUUGAUUCGGGAUUCGUUGACACGAGUGGGAUAUUUAAACCAUUUUCUUGGAUUGCUGGAAUAAAACAUUCCAUCGAUCUAAUGAAGAAAGAGGAGGAAUGGUGUAAUACACUGACCAAGUUCAUUGAUGGACUUUCAAGUUACAAGAUGCAAAAGUGGAGGAAUGAAAUUUACGAUGAAAUUUAUUCUGCGGAAUCCAAAUCUACCAAAGAACAUGCACUAAUAUCAAUGUUGUUGAAUGUUACUGAUAGUAGAGGCUCUGAACUGUUUGGAAAGUCACACAUUAUCAGUAGAAGACAAAAGUCAGAAAUCGAGUUGAUAGCACGCAAUAUGUUGAAAAAGAAUUAUACUGUCACGUAUUCACCUUAUGGAAGACUUUUCGUAAAAGGGUUCACGGUUUGUUUGUCACAUAUCAGUUCAGAUGAUUUUCUAGAAUCUUGCUGCAAAAAUAAAACUGUGAAGGAAUUGUUUGUGUUUGCUGUUGAUAAAGUGUUCAUUGAUAUUCCUCAAUGGAGUUUGAAGGUGAAAAAACUAUUUAUAGCAGCCCAACACUGGGAGGUGAUUGGAGAAAGAACAGAUAUAGAAUUGGUGGGUAGUGCUGGAGAAAGAGAAUCAAGUCCUUACUUGGAGAACAACAAGGAUGGAAAACCUGGACUUCCAGGUGGAAAUGGAGGGAGUUUUGCCGGGUUUGGUGUGAAUUUUGUGAAUUGUGAGAAUCUGCAUGUUAUGUCUGUCGGAGGCAAAGGAGGUCCUGGCAUUGAUGGGGCAAACGGGAAGCCAGGGAAGGAUGGCAAAAGUGGUUAUGAGAGAGCUGUUGAGGUACUGGCAACGGAAGCGGCUUCAAAUCAUCUAGUAAACGGGAUAACUGAGGCAAAUCACUCAAUCGAGCUGCAUGGAGCUAUUUUGCGUAAUGAUGUAUUUAAAAGCAGGAAUGUUUCCAUGGAUGAAGACAAUGUUUCUUGUCAAAACAGAAGUGGUCAAGUGUUGCUGUUCGAUGGUGAUUGUGGGGGAAUGAGCGAACAAGGGGGAUACGGUGGAAAGGGUGGGUUCGGGGGACUUGGAGGUGAUUUUAAAGUUGUAGAAGCGGGUGGCCACCGAUCCAACAUCAAUUUCCUAUCAAAGAAUGGGGAAAAUGGCGAGGAUGGAGAGAGAGGUCAGUCUGGAGUACAAGGAAAAGAUGGAGUCGUAUUGACGUGCUACAAAACACCAAUAAUUGAACAGGAUCAAGCUUCCUCAGAUACAAACGGCACGAAACUUUAUUGGAAGUGCUGCGAAACACACAAUAAGUGCAAUCAUGAUCUCCAUCAGGAACAAAAAUCUGGAUCAGAUUAUCACAUUGACACGGGAAUCAAAAGUCCAUCAAAGAAAUCUCUUUACCUUCAUUUAUCCUUUGGGCUAUCCGAUUAUUCAAAAUUUCUGAUGACGUCGGUGAUCUCAAAAGAUUUAAUAUCUUACAAGGCUGUCAAAGACUUUGAGAAAUUCCUUUGGGUGAAGUAUAAUGUCGCCUUGUUUAACAUGGAUGUUUAUUUCUCACAUGAAAACUUUUUGAAACGGGAUGAUAUGGAUGAGAAGAUUUUCUAUGAGCUAAUUGAUGAGGAAGAGAUAACGUCACGGGCACGUAGGUAGGGUAGUAUUCAGUACUCAUUCUUGGAAAAUUGGUCAUCACAUGAAAAACUCGGAUGGAAUUUAAAUAAUAUUACGAAAAAUUCACAAAAAAUAGAUUGAAACAACAUCAUAGCAUCUGCAAGGAAACAAUCCCAGGCAAGAGAUGUGACAUAUGGAAACGUAUAAACCAUCAACGCCUGCUGACUUCUACGCCAUGAACACGCGAAUUUUGCUAAAUAGAGUAUCAAGAUGACAUAAGAACGACUUGAUAUUGUCGAUUAGUCCGUUCCAAUACACAAAUCAAAAAUUAUAAUUUACAUCAAUAAUCUCCGUUAGAACAUCAGACAGAAAGCACAUCAUCUUAUAUUAUAGAAUUUGAAGAUAGAAUUUAAAAUUUG